CAACAUUUUAAUCCCAAGUCUUUGCGUGGACUUCCAAGAUCGCCUUUUAACGUUGAAAAUCUAUAAAUGUUGAAAAGAAGCCCAUGACUUAGUCAAUGUGACUGCUUCUUCUUCUAUCGUACGUGUUUAUCAAAAUACUUGCCCUCCAAAAAAAAGUUAAAUCAAUUGUCGGACGAUAGAAAACAUAUAUACACCAUCUAACGCUCUAAAACAUACUCUCACCUUUCUUAACCAAAAUAAAAAUAAAAACCUAGUCCUUAUCUUCUUUUGUCACAUCGAUUAAGUAUCUAGAAAUCAAUUACUAACGUGUUUGUUAUGGAGCAAAGUUUAGUUUAAUUAAUCUAUGUUUUGCCAAUAUGUCAACACAAAUAAAAAAAACUGAGACGAAAGUCAUUAUAUGAUUGGAGAUUGUACGUCGCAUUCUAAAAAAAUUCACAAUCUUUGAUUUUUUCAAAGUCGAAUCGACAUAGGAUCAUAUCCAAUCUUUCUUUACCUGUCCCUCUUGCUCUAUAAUAUAUUUGUAAGUGUGUAUAUAGAUGCAUACACAAACAGGUAAGAUACCACGAGGUGAAGCAAAAAAAAAAAAAAGGUGUUACAUAUGUUUGUGUGAAUACUUUUUUAAUUGAACCACAAAAACAAAAUACAAUCAAACGAUGGAGGAGAUAAUGUCAAUGAUAUUCAACGGAAUCAAUCUGGUUAAGGAGCUAGAGUUCAGCUUAUCAUCACAAGAGUCACCAGAAUCAGAUUUGUCGAGUUAUCUAAGCUCGAUCUCCACUCUAUUCGGAGACGCCAACGAGCGGCUGAAAAUCCUACUUGCGUGGAGGAACUCUUUGGCACAGUACCAGCCUGAACCGGAACCGGUUCCAAUGUUUGAUAUACCGAUGCAGAAUGAUCAGAGUCUGAUGCAGGACCACUGGUUUAACUUUAGGUAUCCAGUGAUGCAGACAGUGGAGGGUAAUGCUACCUCAAGACCAAGGCAUCAAAGAAGAAAGAAGGAUAUUGGAGAAGAAGAAACGGUGUUGGCGGCGGUGGAGAGGAUCGAGAUCCCGCCGGACGACAAUUACACUUGGCGUAAAUACGGUCAGAAGGAAAUUCUCGGUUCUAGAUUUCCUCGGGCGUACUAUAGAUGCACCCACCAGAAACUAUACAAGUGUCCGGCGAAGAAGCAAGUGCAACGGCUCGACGAAGAUCCUCACACGUUCCGUAUCACUUACCGCAGUUCACACACGUGUCACUCCUUCACCACUUCCCCGAUUUCAUCAUUAGCACCUGCCACCGCAACAACCGCCAACGUUCCCGAUGUCGCUAACAUGGCCGAAGCUAUGUUCGGCAACAUGGACUCCGUUGUUCCAUUAGGCAAACCCUGCUUUAACCACCAUUGCCUCGUGCCCGGAGACGACGGUGAUGGGGAGGGGACACAUGGAACUCACCUUCGCAGAGAUACGACAUGUCCUAGUUGAUAAGCUUUUAAACUUUAAAAUUAUUAAUUUAUUUUUACUUUUGUUUAGUUAAGGUUUAACUGUUUGUUUAUCAUAGAUCUUUCAAAUGCCUGUUUAAUUAUGUUUAGAGAUGGGAUGAAACACGAAAUCCAUAUAUAAGAUACUUUUAAGUGGUAGGACUUGGAGUAUAUUUGCAUCUUAAUUUUUUGACAUAUAGUCAUAUAGAGAUUCACAAAAAGAUUUGUUACUUUGCGAAACAUUUGCUACGAUACGGUAGAUUAAUAGUGACAUUGUUUGUCAAUAAAUAAAAAGUAGAAGUAUAUGUGAGUAUGUGACUAUUCUCUCUGUAUCAAAAAUAUUGAUUUUAUAGAAUUUUCACACCAAUUAAAAAAAACAUUUA